UGUGUUUGUCAAUCAUUAAUUUACGAGACCAGGAAGACAUCACACAGACAAUCAGACACCACAUUACCAGCUAAACUUAUUGAGAUCAAUGAAAGACCAUUGAAUGGCUUAGGUUUAUGUCAGGGUUCCAAAACCCUCUAUUGCUCUAAUGGUUUUCUGAAGGUUGUGAGAUUUCAGAAGAGCGAUGCUGAGGAAAGCUGAUAACUGCAGCCGGAUUGGGGCUGAAAUCCCACUCUCGUCAGAAUUCUUCAAAGUGAUUAAAAAUGAGCUGUGGCUGUUCCUCAUCCCAGCGGUGUUGGCUGCGCUGCUGCUGGCUCUGUUCCUGGAGGAGGUUGGCUUCUUCCUCCGUCAUGUGCCCUCGUCCAAACGCAGAUGGCUCUACCUGUGGAUUCUGGGCAUGUACCCGGCUUUUGGAAUGACGUCCAUCAUUGCGCUGUAUGUGCCUCGCUCCUCCUCACUGUGCAAUUUCAUAGCUUCUCUAUAUCACUCCAUCACUCUGCUAAAAUUCAUGGGCCUUAUCAAAAACUUCUUUGGAGGAAAAGUCCGGAUGCUGGAGGCUCUGGCAGGUGAACAGGUAUCUCCGAACCCGUUCCCCUGCUGCUGCUGCUGCUGUCUGCCCCUCAUCAACAUCAACAGCACGAGUCUGGGUUGGAUGAUGGCGGCUGUUCUGCAGCUCUCUGUGGUCAGGUCUCUGCUGUUCUUCAUCACUCUUGUCCUCUGGACAGAUGAACAGUAUGAUUAUGGUGAUGUGGAUUCAGUCAAUCCCAACGUGUAUGUGAAUGCCAUCAUUGGUGUUUCCACCUUUCUGUCCUUCUACGGCUACCUGCUGUUCUACAAGGCAACUAAGAGGGCUCUGCACGGCUACGGGCUUCGAGCUAAGUUUGUUUGUAUCAUCGUGGUCCUGGUCUUGUGUGGACUUCAGAGUGGAAUCCUGGAAACUAUGGGAGCGCUAAAUGUUGUGCCGUGUACUCCUCCCUUCUCCGAUCUGUUCCGCUCUCAGAUAAUCUACCAUUACUCUGUGAUCGUGGAGAUGUUCUGCAUCGGCCUCUUCGCUCGCAACAUAUUCCGCAAAGUAGAGCCCACUCCGGAGGAGGCUUACGGACUUGAGGAGGGGGUCGUGAGUAACACUGACAAGUCUGUCCAAACAGAGGACGAGUUACCCCUUGCUGUGCAGCUCAGCUCCCAGUCAGAGGAACCGUGGUGCUCUAACCUGGGCUACAGCAGUGACAGCGAGGACAGCCUGUGCCGGGUAGAGCAUGCGCCGCUGGACCGCUUCUCCUUCCCCUUCCAGUCCAGACCUCCAGUACUGUCAGCCCCAGAGAAAGUCAAUGCUACAGUAACUGAGGAGCAUAAAGGUAUGGAGGCUCCUCCAACCAUCACUGUCACGGCUGAGAUAAACUACGUGGAAAAUACCGAUGUGACUGUUGUAUAGCUGAGCAGCUCAGAUAUGACCAGUAUCAUUUAACCCAACAAAAUACAAAAUAAUCAAAGAAAUGGUUGCAAAAAUAGUUGCAAGUGUAGAAGUGUCAGAUUGCAUGAUGUGUAUGAUCAAUAUUUAAAUUCUUUCCAAGAAUAUAAAACUUGCAAUUUUCCCAGAGAUGUCAAAACAUUUGCAUAUGACACAAUAUCUUUGCCAUCUUUUUCUGUAUGCAAAGCUACUCCAUGCGAUGUGUCAUUUUUGUAUCAUAUAUGUAAGUAGAAAAAGCUGUGUUUAAAUAUUGCUUUACAUUUAUUAUUUAUUUUCUGCACAUAACACUUAACAAACAUCAGGAAAUUCUGCAUUAAGAUAAGCCCACUAAACUGAGAGUAUUUCUUUUAACUCUUUUUGCAUUUAUCACUCCAGUUUAAUUCAAAUAUCAGUGUUUCUCUCACCAGUUCAUAAUAAAUUUAUAAAGUAUUUGA